AUGGUGCACAGUGCAUACGAUUGUUUAGAGCUAGUUCCCAAUUUCAACGGCAAGAUCGAAGCAAUCGAAUCCUACGGUUCCAAGCUUCUGCUCGGUUGCUCCGAUGGAUCUCUCCGAAUUUACGCGCCGGAAACUGAUUCCUCCGAUCGUUCUAGACCCUACGUACUGGAUAAGAACUAUGCUGGUUUUGCAAAGAAGCCUGUUGUGUCAAUGGAAGUUGUGGAAUCGAGAGAGCUGCUUUUAUCGCUCUCUGAAUCCAUCGCAUUCCAUAGACUCUCGAGUUUGGAAACUAUAGCAGUUAUCACCAAAGCUAAGGGUGCUAAUGUCUUUUGCUGGGAUGAUCGAAGAGGUUUUCUCUGCUUCGGGAGGCAAAAGCGCGUUUGCAUUUUCAGACACGAUGGUGGUAGGGGAUUUGUGGAGGUGAAAGAGUUUGGUGUGCCGGAUGUGGUGAAGUCCAUGAGUUGGUGUGGGGAGAAUAUAUGUUUGGGAUUUAGAAGAGAAUAUGUGAUUUUGAAUGCUUCAAACGGUGCUUUGUCUGAAGUUUUUACUUCGGGGAGACUAGCACCGCCUUUAGUAGUGCCUCUUCCGUCUGGUGAACUGCUUCUUGGAAAGGAGAACAUUGGGGUAUUUGUGGAUCAAAAUGGGAAACUUAUUCCUGAAGGCAGGAUUUGUUGGUCAGAGGCACCCUUGGAAGUUGUGAUUCAGAAGCCAUAUGCUAUUGCUUUGCUGCCUAGAUUUGUGGAGAUAAGAUCUCUUCGGCAACCUUAUCCGUUGAUACAAACUAUUGUUCUUCGCAACGUUCGUCAUCUUUGCCAAAGCAGUAACUCCGUGAUACUUGCUUUGGAUAAUUCUGUUCAAGGCCUCUUCCCUGUUCCUCUUGGAGCCCAGAUUGUACAACUAACUGCUUCUGGCAAUUUUGAAGAGGCCUUGUCAUUGUGCAAGCUCCUUCCACCUGAAGAUUCAAAUCUUCGUGCUGCAAAGGAGGGAUCGAUUCAUAUGAGAUAUGCCCACUAUCUUUUUGAUAAUGGAAGCUAUGAGGAGGCUAUGGAACAUUUUCUGGAAGCUCAAGUAGAUAUAACCUAUGUACUUUCUCUUUAUCCAUCCAUUGUCCUUCCAAAGACAACUAUUGUUCAUGAGCCAGAGAAGUUGGACAUUGAAAGGGAUGCUUCCUAUCUCUCCAGUGUUUCAGAUGAUAUGGAACCCUCACCAUAUGACGAGAAUGCAGCGCUAGAAUCCAAAAAAACAAACCAUAAUAUGCUCAUGGCUCUCAUAAAAUAUUUACAGAAGAAGAGAGGUUAUUUUAUUGAGAAGGCUACUUCAGAGGGAACUGAAGAAGUUGUUUUAGAUGCAGUUGGGGAUAACUUUGCAUCCUACAAUAGGUUUAGAAAAGCAAACAAGGGGCGUGGUAAUGUAUCGGUUAGUUCUGGAGCUCGAGAGAUGGCUUCAAUAUUAGAUACUGCUCUUCUCCAAGCAUUGCUUCUUACUGGACAAUCUUCAGCGGCUUUAGAAUUGCUUAGAGGUGUUAAUUACUGUGAUAUGAAAAUAUGUGAAGAAAUACUUCGAAAAGACAACCUUAAUGUUGCUUUAUUAGAACUUUACAAGUGCAAGUCAUUGCACCGGCAAGCUCUUGAACUUCUUCACAAGUUGGUGGAUGAGUCAAGAUCCAGCCAGUCUGAAAUUACACAAAGGUUCAUGCCUGAGGACAUUGUUGAGUAUCUCAAGCCGCUAUGUGGGACAGACCCCAUACUUGUUCUGGAAUUCUCAAUGCUUGUUCUUGAAAGCUGUCCAUCCCAAACUAUUGAGCUCUUUCUUUCUGGAAACAUACCAGCAGAUAUGGUGAACUCAUAUUUGAAGCAGCACUCUCCAAACAUGCAAGCUAGGUACUUGGAGCUCAUGCUUGCAAUGAAUGAGAAUGCCAUAUCUGGCAAUCUGCAAAAUGAAAUGGUAAACAUCUAUCUAUCUGAAGUACUUGAUUGGCAUGCUGACUUAGAUGCUCAACAAAAGUGGGAUGAGAAAACUUUCACCCCAACCAGGAAAAAGUUACUAUCAGCUUUAGAAGGUAUAUCUGAAUACAAUCCAGGGGCUCUGCUGAAACGUCUUCCUCAAGAUGCUUUAUACGAAGAGCGGGCAUUGUUAUUGGGAAAAAUGAACCAACAUGAAUUGGCGUUGUCUCUGUAUGUUCAUAAGCUUCGUGUUCCAGAAUUGGCAUUAUCUUAUUGUGAUCGGGUGUAUGAGUCUUUGCAUCAGCCAUCUCUAAAAAGUUCUAGCAACAUAUACCUAUUGCUAAUGCAAAUCUAUUUGAAUCCUCGAAAGACCACAGCUAGCUUUGAAAUGAGAAUUGCCAAUCUAUUAUCCCCGCAAAGUACAUCCAUUUCUAGAGCUAGUGCAACAUCGGUAAAAAGCAAAGGAGGUCGGGGAUCAAAGAAAAUUGCUGAGAUUGAGGGUGCAGAGGACACAAAAGUUAGUUUGAGCAGCACUGACAGUAGCAGGAGUGAUGAUGAUACGGAUGAAAAUGAGGGUGGCUCGACUAUCAUGCUUGAUGAGGUUCUUGAUCUGUUGAGCCGCAGGUGGGAUAGAAUAAAUGGAGCUCAGGCCCUUAAACUUUUACCCAGAGAGACUAAGUUACAGGAUUUGCUAUCAUUUCUUGGGCCUCUUUUACGAAAAUCUAGUGAAAUGUACCGUAACUGUUCGGUGAUCAGGAGCUUGAGACAGAGCGAGAGCCUUCAGGUGAAAGAUGAACUGUAUAGUCAAAGGAAAGGAGUUGUGAAGAUAACCAGUGACAACACGUGUUCUCUGUGCCGAAAGAAAAUAGGGACUAGUGUUUUUGCUGUCUACCCCAACGGGAGCACUCUCGUGCACUUUGUCUGUUUUAAAGAUUCUCAAAAUAUGAAAGCAGUGACCAAAGGGUCUCAAUUGAGGAAGCGAUCAAAUUGA